AUGGUUAAAUUUUUUGUUUCUACUGCUAUUUUAGCAUUACUUGCUCAAUCUGGUAAUGCAUGUUUUGGUGGUUUAGGUGGAAGUAAUGCAUGUUGUCCACCAACAUCUACUACAUGUGCACCUAGUGUACCAAGAUGUCAAACAACAAGUUAUGCUGCACCACCAAUUCAACAAUCAUCAUAUGCAGCAGCACCACCACUUCCAUCACAAGGAUAUGGUGCACCAUCUGGAUAUGUUCAACCUUCAUAUCCAAGACCAUUUGGUGUUCAAGAACCAACACAAUAUCAAGGACCAGUUCAAGGUGGAUAUGCAAGUAAUGUUGGUGGAGGUGGUUAUGCUUCAAGUAUUGAUAGUGGAGCAGCUUCAACAUAUGUUCAACAAAAAAUUCCAUCAGGAGGAAGUUAUCAACAAGGUCCUGGACCAAUAGCACCACAACCUGUAGGACCAGGACCAAUUGAACCUGGUCCAAUAGCACCACAACCUGUAGGACCUGGACCAGUUGGACCAGGACCUGUUGGACCAACACCUGUAGAACCAGCACCACAACAACCAGAAGCUGUUCAAGAACCAGGAUAUGAAAGUACACAAACUCCAGGAUAUAGUGGUGAAACUGUAACACAACCAGCAUCUGUUAUUGUUAGUACUGAAUAUGGUAAAGAAGAAAUUAUUACUCCAGUUGAAGUUCCAUCAUCAUAUGGUGGUAGUCAAGCAACACAAGCUCCAUCAUAUGGAGGUUCUCAAACAACUGUUGGUGGAGGAUAUGGUGGUGAAGUUGUAACUAGUGCAAGUGCUGUUGUAACUGAAGGAGGAUAUGGAAAAGAAUCUGCUACAUCAUCACCUUCUGUAUCUGUAAGUGAAUCAUCUUCAUAUGGUGAACAACUUCCUUCAACAGCUGCUCCAUCAAAAAGUGGAUAUGGUGAAGAAAGUUCUAAAGGGAAAAGUGGAUAUGAACAUGCUUCAGAAAAUUCAAUUACUCCAUCACAAAUAGGUACUGUAGAUUAUGGUGAGGAAACAAAUACCUCAGGUGAUGGUAAUUGUGAAGAUCCAGAACUUCGUGCUAUUGUUGAAGCAGCAGUAAAUGCUUAUGGAGAUAAUUUAGAGGCAGCAAGAAAGAUAGAAGCUGAUGCAGGAUCUAAAUUUGGUGGACGUUUCAAUUCAAUUGUCUCUAAUUCAGAAUUUGCCUAUGUCAAUUGGUAUGGUAAAAGAAAUUGUCAACUCCGUGUCAAGGAACGCCAUACAUUAACAUGGGAAGACUAA